UCUUCACGAGCGGUCUCAGCGGCCCACCCGGGACGCGGUAACAGGGUGGUAGCAGACGACGACAAGGAGUUUGAGAUUAUUUUGCCGCAUUUGCCAACAGGACGCGUCGUUUUGUACACAUUGUUCUUGCACGGAGACGUACGAGCGCGGCCAUUCAGGGUCGAAGAUUUCCGGGACGCUUUGCACAAGGCACGGCUGCUCCCUGACGUUGUGGCUUUGAGUGCCUACCAGAUCAACCAUGUGUGGGCCGUGACAUUAAACAGCCCAGAGGCGACGAAGCAGUUGGCUGGAUUGAAAGAACUUCAGGUCAAAGGGCGACGCUGUCUCGUCAUCGACCCGCAGGAGCAGCAGGUGAGGCUUCGGCUUCAUUGGUUGCUGCACGGCGUGGCGGACGACGACGUGCGUACUGCGUUGGCGGCGUUUGGCAAAGUGACCGAGGUUACUCGGGAACGCUGGCGUGUGGAAGGAGUGAACGAGAAAGGUUCGACUACUCGGACUGUGCUCCUGAAGCUCAAGAGUGGUCUCAAGGUUGACGACUUGCCACACCAGAUUCGUGUUGCCGGUGAACUAGCGUUGUUGGUUGCACCAGGUCGGCCUAUGUAGUGUUUGCGCUGCCAUGGUUCGGGACAUGUGCGUCGCGAGUGCAAGGUGCCACGUUGCUCACACUGCCGGCGUUUCGGUCACGUCAACGCCGAGUGCGUUCGUUCCUACGCCGCAGUGACCGCAACAGCCGGUGAUGAGGAUUCAACGGUGCACAUUAUGGACGUGACCGAGACGGAGGACGCAGCGAAAGGUAGCGGGGAUGUGAGCACAACUGGGCCACAUUGCGACGCCUCAACUCCAGGAAGUGAAGAUCGAUCAGAGGCAGUACACAGCCCGCCGGACUCUGCGGCAAGAACGGCUGAGGGAACAGACGACUCUGCAAAAGAAGUAAGUACUCAAGUGGCCGAAAUUCCCACACACGAAGUGUCUAAAAGGGGGGUCGUGAAAAGCGUCCCUCGUAGUUCAAGUGCGGACAUGGACGCUUUCGGCGAGUCGCCGCACGCCAGCGGCGUCGCGGGGAGUACUGGCGUCAGCUCGGCAGUCAAAAGACCCCUGGAAGACGCCACAAGCCAAGGAGACAAGGUCGGCGCGUCGAGGGACCGCCUGCGAAGGCACCAACGGGUAGACGCACGAACCUCAGGGCAAGGCCUGGGGGCACGGCGGAUAGGAAAGUUGACGACAAGCCACUUUCGCAAAGUGGUGAGACCGUCUCACCGGGCGGUCCCGGAGGCGUCUAGCAUUGAGCUAGACGCGCAAUGUAAGCGCCACGCUCCGGGCCUACCGUUUCCAGAAAUCAACGAUGGCUUCUCAAACGUCACUUACACUCGCCACUUUAAACGUUCGAGGUCUCGCCUCUAGGAAAAAACAAAGUCAACUGUACCGGUUGUUAAUGGAAGAAGAUCUGGACGUUUUGGCUGUGCAGGAGACGAAAGUGGAAGGAGAAGAGGAGACGGCGAACAUGCUGCGGGGGUUCGCUGCACGGUACCACGCCGUUGUGAGCCACGCUAUCGGCAGGUCCGGUGGACAUUCCAUUCGGAGCUACAGCAUGGCAAGACAGCUCGGACCCGGCUGCGGUGCAUCUGUGCAUCUCCUAUCUCAUGGCAGCAAGUUCGGGGUGUGGUUAUUCUGCGUAGGAAGGAAGCUGUUCACUCUGCAGAUAUCCAGGUUCUGGGGGACAUUCAAGUCCCGGAUGAGGUUGCUGUGGUGCUGAAGAACGGGCCUAAAUACAUUGUUCAGCCUACCAUUCCAGCCCACGUGCUGCUCUCCGUGAAUAGAUGCCUAGCCAGCAGGACUAAGACAGAAGACCAGGAAAGGUGCAUUCUGGAAGGCAUGGAUAGCUUGUUGAGGACGGUUUCAAAAGAAAGCCGGAGUGGCUGUGAUCCUUUGGACUGGCUGUGAUCCUUUGGACUGUGCUGUGUCUUUUCUGAGACAGAAUGACCUACACCUCUUAGUAGCAGACAAAGAGUGGAGGGUUUGUGCUGAUGAAAAAAGGACACUUCGACCUCAAGGCUAUGGACGCUAUACGGAAGAAUUUCAGAAGUGUGAGGCUGUCAGGCCCCAAGGUAAAAGCUCAGGCUGUUCUGUGCAGUGACCAUGGCUUGCCUAGGUUAGCAAAGAGCAUCGGGGAGUGCAAAGACAGUAACCUUUCUGUGUUAACUCCGAAACUCGUAAACCUGAGAUGCUGUCCAGGUGCUUAGUCAGCAAAAACAAUUCUUGGCAGGUAAUCGUCAGUUGGUAUCUGUUGAAGCAGUUUAAUAGUCUUGUAUUAGACAGCCUGUUUUUAGUAAAAAAAUUCUGGUGACAUAAUUGUUUGGAGAAAAUCGUUCUGUCAGAUAUUUUUUCUCGAUUGGUGUUGAAUACAUGUAGCUGUUUUACUUCAUACCUCACAGGGAGCUUUUUAUGGCUGUGU